AUGCCGAAAAGUAACAACAACAGUCAAAUUGAAAUAAACAAUCCUGACAAACGUGAUUCAGACAUCAAUCCACAAUCAAAAGAAGUCCGAGAAAAAAUCAAUGAGGUUUCUCCGUCCGACUCUGAAUCACCUUCUCGUCCCCCAAUAAUUGAAAAGGGCGAAUUUCAAGAUGACGACUUGGCCGACCAAACCAGUAAACCAUCACUAGCCCAAAGAUUCAGAAGGAUUUACGCUCGCUGCAAAUGGAUUCGUAUUCCGUUAUUUGGGGCAUUUAUAACUGCCUGGUGGAUUUCCAUUAUUGUUCAGCCUAAACAACGUCAUAGGUGGUUGAUCCCAACAAUCGUGUAUCUCAUGAUUUUGCUACGUCUUGUCACCAUUUACCUCCCCCUCACCAAAUGGUUAAUGAAAGGUUUGAGAUUUCUUUGGAUGAACGGUCUCAAGGUUCGUGAUAUGAUUAUCCCUGAAAAAUUUAGAAUAUUGUCUGGUGCUCUUCUUACCUUGGCAGUAAUGUUGAUUGGGACCAUGGUGCCUUCAGAAACUAAAGACUCCACUAGACUUCAGCGUUUCAUUUCCUUUCUCGGGAUUUGUGUUGCCCUUGUCGGGUUGUGGGCCACCAGUACCAACCGGUCCAAAAUCAGAUGGGUCACCGUUAUCAAUGGGAUUUUGAUGCAAUACAUCAUCGCUCUUUUUGUGCUUAGAACAAAAGUCGGGUACGACAUUUUUCAUUUCUUAUCUAGUCUUUCGGAAGAAUUCCUUGGGUUUGCCAGAAACGGGGUGGCCUUUGUCACCACCUCGGAAAUCGCUGCCCAGACCUACUUUUUCUUUUCUGUGCUUCCUGCCGUGCUUUUCUUCAUUUCCGUGGUUUAUAUCUUGCUUUAUCUUGGGUUCAUUCAAUGGGCCACCGGGAAAUUCUCCAAGUUCUUUUUCUGGUCAAUGAAGGUCAGUGGGGGUGAAGCGGUCGUGGCUGCUGCUUCUCCAUUCAUCGGUAUCGGGGAGUCUGCCGUGCUUAUCAAAGGUCUCUUGCCAUACUUGACCACCGCAGAGGUCCACCAAGUUAUGUGUUCUGGUUUUGCCACGAUUUCCGGCUCGGUGUUGAUCGCGUAUAUCGGUAUCGGUAUCAAUUCCCAAGCGUUGGUGUCCAGUUGUGUCAUGUCGAUCCCUGCAUCAUUAUCUGUGUCGAAACUUCGUUAUCCAGAAGUCGAAAACUCGUUGACUGCCGGGGACUGUACCAUUCCUGAUGGCGACGAAAACCUCGAUGAAUCCCAAAAGCCUCAAAAUAUUCUUCAAGCGUUCUCCAACGGUGCCUAUCUUGGGAUCGUGGUUGCCGGUACCAUUAUGGCCAACCAAGUCUGUAUCAUUUCUUUUGUCGCCCUUAUCAACGGGGUGUUGACGUGGUUUGGCUCGUUCUGGGGAAUCCACAAACUUACCCUUGAAGUCAUUGGUGGGUACCUUUUGUAUCCGGUGGCUUUCUUCUUGGGUGCUCCAUUCGAUGAAUUACUCCCAAUUUCGCAAUUGAUCGCUACGAAGUUUAUUGAAAAUGAAUACAAUGGUUAUACCGACUUGAUUGGUAAAGCACCAUACAACCAAAUGAGCAAGCGUGGCCAAUUAUUGGCAACGUACUCGCUCUGUGGGUUCUCCAACUUUGGCUCGGUAGGUACCCAAUUGGGGGUCCUUAGUACUUUAGCUCCAAAUAAAUCCAAAGUGGUUGCCCGCACCAUUUUCUCUGCUUUGAUCACCGGGGGUAUUAGUACUUUACUUUCUGCUUGUGUUGCUGGUAUGGUUAUUCAUGAUUUGUCCGAUUUCAAGGUUAGCAGUCAUUCAUCAACAUGA